UUGCUUUUCCCAAAUUGCCAUAAACAAGAAAAGAAAAUAUGUCAAUCGUAAAUCGACUUGCUUUCAAAUGUCAAGUCAAUCAAAAUUAUGUCAAUAAUUGUCAAUUUUAUUGCUGGUUGCCAAUGAUCUGUGACUGAGUUGUUACUUUGUUGUUAUUCACUUGUUAUUAUUCUAUCCCAAGACCCAAACAGUAUAUGAGUUUUUCAGUUAAAUAAUCAUCUUUAGAAAAAUAUUGAAGUACUAGAAAGUUGUAUUAUAAAAAUACAUUCACAGUUUUAAUGAUAGAUUAAAUGAAUUAUCUCAAGCAUGUGAUUAUAACAAAAAUAAUGAAGUCACGAUGAUAUACACACGAUAAACAAAACAUUUUUUAAGAGAAAGUUAAAAUGCAAGCAAAAAAGCGAUAUAUAUUACUUGCUGUAUCUCUUAUUCUAAUAUUGUAUUGUUAUAUAGGUGGUUAUCGUUUUAAGUCUGAAAGUCUACAUAAGAACCAUCGUAAUAACUUACCCUCAUUUGCUACUCUUGAUGAAUUAUCAGAAGCACCUUCACGUCAGAAACGGAAUCCUGACUUUACUAGUAAAUCAUGCCGUAUGGAAACCUGUUUCGAUUUUACUAAUUGUGGAAAUGAUCCUAAAGUUUACGUGUAUCCAACCGAUGGUCCUGUGAGUGCUACAUAUAGAAAAGUUCUGUCAGUUAUUCGUGAAUCUAGAUACGCCACUCGUGACCCGUCUGAGGCCUGCUUGUUCAUACCUGCCGUGGAUACUCUAGAUGCCGAUCCACUCUCACCUGAACAUGUCACUGAUGUCGGAUCACGUUUAUCUCGCUUACCACACUGGAAAAAUGGCCGUAAUCAUUUGAUAUUUAAUUUAUAUGCAGGAACUUGGCCAGAUUAUUCAGAAGGUGCUUUAGGCUUUGAUCCAGGUGAAGCAAUAAUGGCUAGAGCUAGUGCAUCUGAAGCAUUAUUUAGAGAAGGUUUUGAUAUAUCUUUGCCAUUAUUUCACAAAGAGCACCCAGAACGUGGUGGAGCUCCUCCAGCUGCUACAGCUAAUCCUUUCCCUGCACCUAGGCGUCAUUUGCUUGCAUUCAAAGGAAAACGUUAUGUACAUGGGAUUGGCAGUGAAACAAGAAAUUCAUUGUGGCACCUGCAUGAUGGUAACAACCUUAUAUUAGUCACUACUUGCAGACAUGGAAAGUCAUGGAAAGAUUUAAGGGAUGAAAGAUGUGAUGAAGACAAUAAAGAAUAUGACAAAUUUGAUUAUGAACAACUAUUAGCAAAUUCAACAUUUUGUCUCGUUGCAAGAGGGAGACGUCUUGGAUCAUAUCGUUUUUUAGAAGCGUUGGCAGCAGGUUGUGUUCCAGUACUUUUAAGUAAUGGUUGGAGGUUACCAUUUGAUGAACGAAUUGAUUGGCGCCGUGCGGUCAUAUGGGCUGAUGAACGCCUUUUGUUACAAGUACCAGAGCUUGUACGCUCAGUGCCUCCUGAGCGUGUUCUUGCUCUGAGACAGCAAACACAACUUCUUUGGGAACAAUAUUUUUCAUCAAUUGAGAAAAUUGUAUUUACAACUAUUGAGAUAAUCUUAGAAAGGAUAAUGAUACAUAGAACAUCACGACACCGUGAGGCAUUGAUAUGGAAUACGUCACCAGGAGCUCUGGGCACAUUGGCCAAUUAUGGCGACUCGCGCGCUCACUUACCCCUGGGAGUGUCUGCUCCGGAACCUCCAUUGGCCAUCUCCCCGUCUACUAUUCCCCUCCCCGCACCAUCGGUACCCCUUAUUGCCCCUCCUUCCACACCUGGCAAUACAUUUACAGCCCUCUUAUAUGUUCAAGCUACAUCACCAGCCUUACACAAAUUAUUGGCGAAUAUAGCUAGUAGCGAAUAUUGUGAAAAGGUAGUGCUUGUGUGGGACAGUGAGCGGGCGGCGCCUACGCUAAAGUCACUGUCUAGAGUUGCUGGUGAUCCUCGGGACCCUUUGCCUGUAACAGUUGUGGAUGCAACAACACAUUAUCCUGGGGAAGGAGUAUCAGCAAGAUGGCAACCACUCUGGGCAAUACCUACAGCAGCUGUGUUUUCAUUGGACGGAGACGCUCCACUCUUGGCUGAAGAGCUAGAUUUCGCUUUUCUAGUAUGGCAACACUUCCCUGAACGCAUUGUUGGUUAUCCUGCCAGAAAUCACUUUUGGGAUGAAUCAAAGGGCGCGUGGGGCUACAGCAGCAAGUGGGGCGGGUCGUACUCGAUGGUGCUGCCGGGCGCGGCGCUGGUGCACCGCGCGGCGCUCGCGCUGUACGCGGCGGCCGCGCCCGCGCUGCGGCUGGCCGUGCGCCGCGCCCACAACUGCGAGGACAUCCUGCUCAACUGCCUCGUGGCGCACCUCACGCGCCGCCCGCCGCUCAAGCUCGCGCAGCGCAGGCGGUACAAGACGGCGCACCACAGAUACAAGUCAUCAUGGAGCGAUCCCGAACACUUCGUGCAGAGACAGUCCUGUCUCAACACGUUUGCAGCGGCCUGGGGCUACAUGCCUCUCGUGCGCUCCGUGCUCAGACUCGAUCCAAUACUGUUUAAAGACCCAGUUUCGACACUUAGGAAGAAAUAUAGAAAAAUGGAAUUAGUCACAUCCUAAUCACAUUUAAAAUAUUUAUUUUAUAACUCAAAUUUCUCUAUAUCACACCAAAAUCAAAUGUUUAACUCAUUCGAUAGAAGAAGAAAACAUCUAAGUCGAUAUUUAUUCUAGUCUUAGAAACUGCAUUUUUCUUUGCAAUAAAUUUUAUAAAACUUA